CACUACCCUGCUAGAUUCUUCCCAGGGCACAAUACCUCUCUAGGAGACUCGACGUCCUAUUCCUGGCACGUUCGUGAACGCCCAUUCACGACUCCGGCUUAGAAAAAAAAUCCUUUCGAAGCCCCUUCCCUGUUCACGCGUGCCAGUCAGUCGCCAUGGCUCUCUCCCUGUGCGCGAAGACGAGCCUCGUCGCGGCCGCGGGCCUGCAGCAGCGCGGAGCGACCCAGGAGAGACGGCAGGCGAGCGCCUCCCUCUCUGCUUCCCUCUCCCACUCAGCCGCUGCUCCGUCGUUCAAGGCGUUCGAUGGCAUGCGCGUUAACUCGGCGUCGUCCUCUGCGUCUUCCUUCCUGUCCGGCGCUAAGGUGGCUGCUCCCGUGGCUGCUGAGGCUCCAGCUGCUGCUGAGAAGGGUUUCACCCUGACCGUUCUCGCCAGCAGGAACAGCAAGAAGAUUCAAGGAAGGAAGCUCCGCGUUGCUGUUAUCGGCGGCGGCCCGGCGGGCGGGUGCGCGGCGGAGACCCUGGCAGAGAACGGCGUGGAGACGUUCCUCAUCGAGCGCAAGCUCGACAACGCCAAGCCGUGCGGCGGCGCCAUCCCCCUCUGCAUGGUUGAUGAAUUCCAGCUCCCCCAGGAUAUCAUCGACAGGCGCGUGACCAAGAUGAAGAUGAUCUCCCCCUCCAAUGUCGAGGUGGACGUCGGCCGCACGCUCGGCAAGGACGAGUACAUCGGCAUGGUGCGCCGCGAGGUGCUCGACGCGUUCCUGCGCAACCGCGCCCAGUCGUACGGCGCGACGGUGAUCAACGGGCUGUACCUGAGGAUGGAUGUGCCCAAGGACGAGGAGAGCCCCUACGUCAUCCACUACUCCGACUAUGCCGGCGACUCCAAGGUCGGUGUGCCCAAGACGCUCGAGGUUGACGCCGUGAUCGGCGCUGAUGGCGCCAACAGCAGGGUGGCCAAGGACAUCGACGCGGGCGACUACGACUACGCCAUCGCCUUCCAGGAGCGCAUCCGCUUGCCCGAGGACAAGAUGGCGUACUACGAGGACCUGGCCGAGAUGUACGUCGGCGAUGACGUGUCGCCCGACUUCUACGGCUGGGUGUUCCCCAAGUGUGACCACGUGGCAGUGGGCACGGGCACGGUGAUCAACAAGCCCGCCAUCAAGCAGUACCAGACCGCCACCAGGAACCGCGCCAAGGACAAAAUCGAGGGCGGCAAGAUCAUCCGCGUGGAGGCGCACCCCAUCCCCGAGCACCCUCGCCCUCGCCGGACCUCCAACCGCGUGGCGCUGGUGGGCGACGCCGCGGGCUACGUCACCAAGUGCUCAGGCGAGGGCAUCUAUUUCGCUGCCAAGUCUGGGCGCAUGGCAGCAGAGGCCAUUGUGGAGGGCUCUGAGAAGGGCACUCGCAUGGUGAACGAGUCUGACCUGCGCGUGUACCUCGACAAGUGGGACAAGAAGUACUGGGCCACCUACAAGGUGCUGGACAUUCUCCAGAAGGUGUUCUACCGCUCCAAUCCUGCCCGCGAGGCGUUUGUGGAGAUGUGUGCGGACGACUACGUGCAGAAGAUGACGUUUGACAGCUACCUCUACAAGAUUGUCGUGCCCGGCAACCCCCUUGAUGACCUCAAGCUUGCCGUGAACACCAUUGGCAGCCUCAUUAGGGCCAAUGCUCUCCGCAAGGUCGCCCUUGAGAAAUCUUAGAAGGCUUACUGUUUCUCAUUCUAUACUGGUUAGAUGUGUAUACUGGUUGCAGUGCUGCCUUACAAUUAAUGUUGAAGCAUUAAUUCUUGCAUUGAGUUAAUAGUGGUCAUAUCAUUCAUCGCCAUAAUUGAAAUCUGUUGAAACCACAAGCUAACUGUCUUACCCUGUCUGUAUGCUCUUGCU